GAAGAAUUUUCAACACACAAAUGUGUCAUUUCCUUUCUUCAUGGACCAGAUGCUGAAAAACUAUGUGAUAAAGAUUUUAGGUCUCAACUGUAAAGAGAGGGAAGUGGAUAAAUCAGUGCUGCUGUCUUUAGGACGAACGAAGUAUGGAACCCUGGGAUAGGUUUCCCGAUCACCAGGAUGACCCUGAUAACUACUCAGAAUCUGUGAAGUUUGAUGCUCGUUCAAUGACAGCCUUGCUUCCUCUGAAUCCCAAAAAUGGCCCUGCCGUUCAAGAGAAACUGAAGUCCCUCAAAGCUGCACUGAUUAUCCUUUAUCUCCUUGUGUUUGUAGUUCUCAUACCGAUCAUCGGAAUAAUGGCAGCACAGCUCCUGAAGUGGGAAAUGAAGAAUUGCACAGUUGAUCCAAUUAAUGCAAACGAUAUAUCUCAAAGUCUCACAGGAAAAGGAAAUGACAGUGAAGAUGAGAUGAGAUUUCAAGAAGUUGUUAUGGAACAAAUGAGCAACAUGGAGAAGAGAAUCCAAUACAUUUCGGAUAUAGAAGCCAAUCUCAUAGAUUCAGAGCAUUUCCAGAAUUUUAGUCUGGUGACUGAUCAAAGAUUUAAUGAUGCUCUUCUCCAGCUGAGUACCUUGGUUUCCUCAGUUCGGGGAUAUGGAAACAUGAUAGAUGAAAUCUCCAAGUCGUUAAUAAAUCUGAAUACCACAUUGCUUGAUUUGCAGCUCAAUAUCAAAACACUGAAUGACAAAGUCCAAUACAAUACAUUUAAACAGCAAGAGGACAUGAGUAGAUUAGAAGAGCGUCUGUACAAUGCAUCAGCAGAAAUUAUGUCUAUGAAAGAAAAACAAGUGAAUCUGGAACAGGAAAUAAAAGAAGAAGUGAAACUACUGAGUAACAUCACUAAUGAUCUCAGACUGAAAGAUUGGGAACACUCUCAGACAUUGAAAAAUAUCACUUUAAUUCAAGGUCCUCCCGGACCCCCAGGUGAAAAAGGAGAUAGAGGACCCACUGGAGAAAGUGGUCCACGAGGCGUGCCUGGCGCAAUAGGUCCUCCAGGUCUUAAAGGUGAUCGGGGAGCAAUUGGCUUUCCUGGAGCUCGAGGAUUCCCAGGGCCAGUGGGGAAGACUGGGAGGACAGGAAAUCCUGGACCAAAAGGCCAGAAGGGGGACAAAGGGAGUGGAAGCAUGCUAACUCCAUUUAAGACAGUACGACUGGUUGGUGGUAAAGCACCUCAUGAGGGCAGAGUGGAGAUUUUCCACAAUGGCCAGUGGGGCACAGUUUGUGAUGACCACUGGGAACUGCGAGGUGGACAGGUCAUCUGUAGGAGUUUGGGAUACCAAGGUGUUCAAACUGUGCACAAAGGAGCUUACUUUGGACAAGGUACCGGUCCAAUUUGGCUGAAUGAAGUAUUUUGUUUUGGGAGAGAAUCAUCUAUUGAAGAGUGUAAAAUCAGACAGUGGGGUGUGAGAGUCUGUUCACAUGCGGAAGAUGCUGGAGUCACUUGCACUUUAUAAUGUAUCAUAUCUUCUUUCAUCUUACAAAAUCACUGUUGCAAAAUGAUUUUGUUAUUUCGCUCCAUUAAAAUCAGUUCAGUGAAUAUUUAAGAUAUUUAGGAAUCCUAUUUAAAGAAAGGAAUAUUUUAAAAUCCCUGGAUGAACAUAUUGGACAACUUCAUGUUUACUACAUGUCUAUAUUUGAACCAUUUCAACUUCUUUAGGUUUUUAAAUGGGAUUUCUCAUAUAAUGACAUACAUCGAAUAGAAUAAACUGAAGUUUAAGGCUUCUAGAUUACAAAUGCCAGUUAAUUGAAACACCUUCCAAUCACUGACUUCAACUGAUCUCUUCACAGAAUGACAAUUUUUGUCAUUUUUGUCUUCUCUGUAAUCUAUUUAGUUGAUUUUAAUUUAAUUACUUUCUUAAUAUGAGAAGAUUGGGAAGAGCUUUUUUGUGCCAAGUUUGCAAAAUCUCUAACCAUACACAUUUUAUGAGGAAACAUUUUAUCCAGCCAUCAAGAUCUCUGAAUGUGGAAUAACUUGGCUGUUAGGUAGCAAUGUUCAUGAUAUAUUUUGGGCAUGAUGAAAAACUUAGCAGGAGAUUUCACAUGGUCAAUAAUAACAAUGACUGAGAAAAACAUGUUUUUAUACAUGGUCAUGUAUUAACAGUUUUUGUUUUUACUGAACCACAAGUUAGUUAAAAACAGGGCAUAUGAGAAAAGGCACAGACCCCCCACCCCCCAUCACUCUAUGUGUCUUGAUAAUUGGUAGAUCAAAAAUGUCAUUCUCAACAUGGAGCUUAGUUUGAUGUGCAUUUUAAAUUAGGUUGAAUAGUUAUCAUUCUAGGACGCUGUGUUUAAAAUGUAAAUACACUUUAAAAUGUAAAUUGCUCCACUUUAAAUAACAGCAGGCAAAUGACUUGAGCACAGAAGCUGGUUUCACCUACCUGUCUUUGGAGUCUUUCAUGAAAUCCAUCCACAAUUACAACCAGAAAGAGACAGAGAGAGAGAUCGAUCUGCAGCCCUAAAGGGUCAAUGACCCUAAGCUUACCAAUAGUCAGCCCAUCACCAGGGUAGGUAUGUAUGUAUUAGAAUGUGGAAGGCCACCUGGAACCCCGUGCCUGUACUCUGCUGUCUAGGUACAUAAGCAGAAAGACCAGUGAUUGCUAUUGAAGCCCAACCAAAUCUAAUCUUGCCCUGAGAAGAAUAUACAUUUCAAGUUUUCUAAGCCCAAUCUAGAAGGACAUGUGAUUAGAAAGUAGUACUAGAAAAAAGAAAGAAAGAAAGAAAGAACUAGAAUGGAAUGGCUCUACUCUUCCUUCUAUAAUGGUGAUAAGCAAAACCAAGGGCUUAUGCAUUUUUUUCAGCUCCUGAAGUCUAACUUCACAGAUACUAACCAGAUAGAAGAUUGCCUGCCUCUCACUUACCAAGGCAAAAAUGUUCUUUUGGAACUGGAACUAUUGGAAAUGGCCUGCUGAAAAUGCCCUUUAUCAUGUUACAUUCUUCUACUUGUUAACCAUGAGUGAUUUUUCUCCAGUGUAAUUUUGUGACUAAGAGAAUGUGCCCACAAUCUAAGCAGACUGUCUCUAAAUCCUGGCUCUACACUCAGCUGGUUAUUAAUUCCUUGUGCUCAAUGACACUAAGCGUUUCCUUCAGAUGGUAAACAAGAUAGUAUCAAAAAGAAUCCUUUGCAUAUCAGCCUAUAUGAGAUGUCUGAGGUCAGUGUCUUUGGGUUGUGCAUGCUGUAUUGAUGUAGACAAUAUGGAUACUGGUUUCCACCUAUGUAUAGACAUUUGUGUCUUUAAAACCAA